AUGAAAAGAAGAAAAUGCCCGGCCACAUCCCUCCUGCUGCUGCUGCUGCUGCUCUUCCUGAGGUGUUCAGAGCUAGGUGAGGGAGUCAGAUUCGGACAGAAAGACACAAAGGUUCUGAGGGCCAGGAGGGAUGGGGUCAGGGUCCUUGGAAGAGGAACCUCUUGGGCCUCAGACAGAGCCGGUCCUGAGCAGAGGUAUGGAAUAGUAGGAACAAGGCAAAAUGUUUCUACUGAAGGCCCAGCAAGCAGCCAUGAAAACUCCGGAACAAGAGAAAAUGAUAGUACUACAGACCCAGGGACCACUGAGGACUAUGUCACCACUGAAGACUAUGUCACCACUGACCCAGGGACCACUGAUGAUUAUGUCACCACUGACCUAAGGACCACUGAUGACUAUGUCACCACUGACCCAGGGACCACUGAGGACUAUGUCACCCCUGACCCAGGAACCACAGAUGACUAUGUUACCACUGACCCAGGGACCACUGAGGACUAUGUCACCACUGACCUAGGGACCACUGAUGACUAUGUCACCACUGACCCAGGGACCACUGAGGACUAUGACUAUGUCACCACUGACCCAGGGACCACUGAGGACUAUGUCACCACUGACCCAGGGACCACUGAGGAUUAUGUCACCUCUGACCGAGGGACCACAGAGGACUAUGUCACCUCUGACCGAGGGACCACAGAGGACUAUGUCACCACUGACCAAGGGACCACAGAAGACUAUGUCACCACUGACCUAGAGACCACUGCACAUCAUGCCACCACAAACCCAGGGAGCACAGAAAAUUAUGCCACUAAACAUGAUGAGACUCGUCCUCAGGGAACAGCUUUGGUCACAACAGUGAAACCCCACAGUGUCCUGACACCCACGGGCAUUAUCCUCAUAUCUCUGGCUGCCACCACAGUCUCUGUGGUGCUCUUUGUAGGACUGGGCUUCAUUGUGGUGAGUGUGUGA